AUGAAAAGGUUAUCUUCAUAAAAUAAACCUACUCGUUCAUAAUAAGUGAUUUCAAAUGGUAUAUAUUUUGGAUAAUUUUAAAAUCCAUAACCUCUUUUAACUGCAACCUCAAUUACCUAAUUAAGAACAACUUAGGAUUUAAGGAUUAGAAAUUAUAUACCAAAAAAGAGAUUAUAAUCACCAAAAAUUUUAUCUCCAAGACAAUAAAAUAUAAAACCUAUGAAAAGUUUUUUCUAAGUUAAACCUUCUCCUAAAGCAUCUUUUAAACCACCAACAAUAAUAGUAACACAACCAACAAAUAGAUCAACAGUAAUUAGAAUAAGAAGUCCCAUUAAAAGAAAUCAAUAAGCUAUAAUUAGUUAAGAAAUGGAUAAUAAGUCAAUAGAAUUUUUAUAAGAAUUAGCUAAUAGUUAAUUAAAUAGAACAUCUAGAAAAAAAAGAAGACCAUAAACUGCUGGUGGAUUCACGAUACCAACAUAACAUUUUUCAAAUAACAUUGAAAAUUAUCUAAUAUAAGAAUAGAUUGGAUAAGGUAGUUAUGGAAUAGUAAAAGUUGGAUUAAAUUUAUUAAAUGGAUAGUAGGUAGCAAUAAAGAUUUACGAAAGGAUGAAGAUUAUUUAAAAAAAAGAAUAUAUAAGAAAAGAAAUCUAGAUAUUGUCUUCUUUAUAACAUCCAAAUAUUGUAUAAUUACUUGAUGUUAUUUACACUGAUGUAUAUCUUUUAAUAUUCAGACGCAAGUGCAAUUAGUUAUGGAAUAUGCCGGUCCAUUAUCAUUAAGAUAAUAUCUUAAGUAAUAACCAAAUAAAUUAAUUCCUGAGAAUGAGGCAAAGAACAUUUUUCUUUAAGUUGUCAAAGCUAUUGACUAUUGUCAUUCUAAAAAUAUUGUAAUUUUUUUUAUUUAUAAAUUUAAAAGAUCCAUCGUGACAUAAAAUUAGAAAAUAUUUUAAUAAGAGAUAACAAAAUUAAAUUGA